ACCGAAUGGCGCUUUCGCUGCUUUCGCAACAUCAGCAGCAGCCAAAUUACUUCGAUUUGCAAACAUUAUUUGACCCAUAUCCAUUACAACAACAUCAACAACAAAACCCACAGUACCCGCAUAACUAUCACCAACAUCAAGAAUUACAACUUCAACAACAACAACAACAGUACAAUCACCAAUUGCAUAUACAGCAGCAACAGCAGCAGCAACAACUACAACAUUUGCCGGCACCCAAAAGCUCAGAAAUCAACGUUUCGACUGUGAAAACCGAUCCGACAACGGAACCGAUAACUUUUUGUCCAGAUCAAAUGGAAUACACCGGCAGCAAUCUUCAUCAGAAUCAUAAUCAUUAUCAGCAGCAGCAAAGUAGAAAUAGUAACGAAAACAUUAACAACACCAAUAACAACAAUAUUAAUAAUAAUAGCAGUAGCAACAACAGAAAAAUCAACAACAUUACGCAAAUAAACAACAAUAGUCAGAUAUUGAACAAAACAAACCGUUAUUACGCAAACGGCUACUCACAGCAUCAAGUAACGUCAGAUUAUGUCAUCACUUUCGUAGAUUCUCCACCCAAUUCAGAAGAAUCUUGGACCGACGAGCACUCAAAAGAAUCGCCUGGACCUCAAAUAAUAGACGUGCAGACAAUUUACUCAAACAGUGGAUCGCGAAAGAGACGAAUGGAUUGGGACUCAUUGGAUAUUGGUCAAAGUGGAAACACAACUACUGCACAGGCUGGAGAAUUAUCUUCUAAAAUUGCACAUCACGAUAAAGACAAGGUCAAAAAGGAUAAAACAAUAGGUCGAGGCAGUUGGACUGAAGAUAUUGGAUUUGAUUUGAAUACAGACUUUAACAGUAACUCCUAUCUCAGCAAUGAAUCCUUUUUGUCAUUCUCUCCGGCCCUGACAGUAUUGAAGCAAGAGCCGCAAUCCGAUCAGUUAAAGGCUAAUAAAAGUCCAUUAAAUACUCAUGCUGUCGUAACUGGCGGUGGAGGAAGUGUGCCAAAACUAGAUAAGGCGCCCACACAUAUUGAAACGGCACCAAAUAGCGAGGACACACCAAAGAAUGCCUUGAACAACACUAUCUGCGUAUGUGGCUCGCCAAAACCCGGCACACCACAGGAAAUCGAACCCAAUGGCAAUAACAUUGACAAGUCCAAAGCCAAUGCAUCCAACGCAUUCGGAAAUGUUGGUUCAGCUUACAGUGGCGGUGAAAAAACAAUAGCGUCCCAACAAUUGACCGAAGUCGAUGGGAAUAAAAUCGAAAACAGUACUGGUGGAGUGGCCGUCAAUGGCAAUAACACCAAUGCGCAUUCUGAUGACCACAAAUUUCAGUACAUUUUGGCGGCUGCUACCUCAAUAGCCACCAAGAAUAACGAAGAAACGCUUACCUAUCUGAACCAGGGACAAAGCUAUGAAAUCAAGCUUAAGAAGAUCGGUGAUUUAUCGUUUUAUCGUGAUAAAAUAUUGAAGAGUGUCAUCAAAAUCUGCUUCCAUGAGCGUCGUCUACAAUUUAUGGAACGUGAACAAAUGCAACAAUGGCAAGCUUCGCGUCCUGGUGAGCGAAUUAUUGAAGUAGACGUUCCACUUUCAUAUGGACUCUGUCAUGUAUCGCAACCGUUAAACCCAAACUUCUUGAAUACUGUUGAAAUUUUCUGGGACCCCUUGAAGGAGGUCGGAGUUUACAUUAAAGUAAACUGCAUUUCAACUGAGUUCACACCGAAGAAACAUGGAGGAGAAAAAGGAGUGCCAUUUCGACUACAAAUUGAAACUUAUAUAGAAUCAACCAACUCCACCGGAGGCACAACAGCAUCCCCAAUAUCUACUGGUGCUCUUUCAAGUGCAUCUGCUUCAGUAUCAAGCGGGGUAGCAACAGCACCGACGCCAAUCGGUAUUAAUAUAUCAUCGGGGAACAACAACUCGCUCGUAAGCGGCAAGCAACCAGUGCAUGCAGCAGCUUGUCAAAUCAAGGUGUUCAAAUUAAAAGGCGCUGAUCGUAAACAUAAACAGGAUCGCGAAAAAAUUCAAAGGCGCACUCAAGCAGAGCAAGACAAAUUCCAGCCCAGUUAUGAAUGCACUAUUAUGAACGACAUACCGCUGGAUAUAUUAGCACCCACAACAUCGGGUUGCUUCAGCCCUGAAUAUAUGAAAAUUUGGCCCAAUUCUCCGGUCCACAUUCCUAAGUACGAUGGCAUAUUGUCGUACACUGGAGGAUCACCUGUUACCAACUCCAGUCCCAUAGCCAUAAAUAGUGUUACUUCAACUAAUUCGCCAACGCUAAAACUAAUGGAAGCUAACAUGGUGUCUCCGCAGCAGUCGGCUACGCUAGAUAUGGAUGAUUACGCAAUCAACAUUUUACCAGAAUCGUCCCCAAACCAAGUUGCGCAGUGGCUGAGCCACCAUAGAUUAACCUCUUAUCUGUCAACCUUUGCACACUUCUCUGGUUCAGAUAUAAUGAGGAUGUCUAAAGAGGAUUUAAUUCAAAUAUGUGGACUUGCUGAUGGAAUUCGCAUGUUCAACAUAUUGCGUGCUAAAGCCAUUGCACCUCGUCUUACACUUUACGUUAGUUUGGAUGGCAAUAGCUACAAUGCCAUAUAUUUGCUAUCGAACACAUCAAAGGAGCUAAUGCAGAAACUGUGCAAAAUGCCUGGAUUCUACGAGAUGAUUGUCAACGGCAACACGAAUGGAGCUUUAGAAAACGGCUCGAUCUACAGUAGCUGGGGCAUGCAUUCGAAAUACUCCGGCAGUGGUUCAAAUAUCUUUAAUGAUAGCACCAAAAACUUUAUUUUUCUUGCAGGGCCUUCAGGCGUUCAUGUCAACGUUACUGACGAGGUAUUAAAUAAUGAAGUGAAAGACGGAAGUCUUUAUACUCUCGAAGUACAAAACAGCAAAGUUGUUAUGAAAUUGAUAAACAAAAAUGAUAAUUGAAAGCAUAUCAUUAGAAUGCACACAACUACACACAUAGAUACAUACACACAUUCCGUCAAAUAAGUAACCGGAAAUUCUCAAAUUCGUUAGUAAUUAACAAUUUAUAAUUAGUUUGUGUGAAAUUUUGUGUUCCAAACGAAAUUGCUUGUGCCAAAACGUUGGAAAUGUUGAAAAAAACAUUUGGUGAUUCAACCAUGUCGACAACUCCAGUUUACGAUUGGUAUAAAUCGUUCAAAGAAGGGCAUAUAAUAAUCGCAACGCACACAAAAGGUUGACUUGUUCCAUAAACAAACUAAAUGACACAUAGCAAUAAAAACACAGUUGUGCCAACCUGGGGAAAAAAAAGUUGAAACAUUCUCAGCGGGAAAAUUUAAAAUGAGAUUUUCCGGUUACUUAUUUGACUGAAUAUAUAUCAAUUGAAUAUUCAUGCACAACUAUUUUCUUUUCAUAUGUGCACUAUUUUUGUGAAGUUCGAAGGAAGUCCGAAUUUGCACUGUAUAUUGGAAAAUUGUUUUGAAAUAAGCCAUUUUUCAAUUUAUUUUCAUAAAACCACACUUUUUACAAGUUAUUUCUUUCCGACGAGCACUACGUAAAUAAUACACAUAUACAACAUACACAUUAUAUAUACAUAUAUACACAAAUAUAUAUAUCUUGCAAAAUAUUGUAUGUAUUUGAAAGUAUGUUUUAUUUAGUAUAAUUCUUUUGCAUGUAUUACCUAUAAGUACAUUUUAAUCUUGAAAUAAAACACGGGCCAAACACCAUCAUCACUUUUAUUGAGACACGAUUACUAACAACCAAAUAUGUUAAAUAUAAAAUAAAAACACGAUGUUUAUAUGCUUUAGCAAUGAUUAAACUGAAAUCUGGUGUAGUCAAAGUUGUAUUUUUAUACAUACAUAUAUACCAACAUCUUUAAUUGUGUAUCUGUUAUAAUUUUAAAAUUAAUAUUAAAACAAUUCGGUGAAGAAAUAAAGAAUCGGUCUGUAAA